CAGCAGCAGCAGCAACAACAACAACAGCAACAACAACAGCAACAACAACAACAACAGCAGCAGCAGCAGCAGCAACAACAGCAACAACAGUCGCAGCAACAGACUCAGCAACAAUCGCUACCGCCCGCGUAUACUCCGGCGAAUAACGUUGGCACAGCGACCGGUAACAACAUUAACGUAGGUGUUCCGGUAGGUGUACCGACCACGGAACCGCCAAGCUACGCGACGACGAUGCAGGCAUUGGCAGCGCAACGAGGAAUACAUCAUCCGCUUCCGCCCCCUCCGUACGGAACACCGACCGCGGAGGAGCCCAGUGGUAUAGCAACAGUAGAAAAUAACACGACGCUGAGGUCGUCUCCGGUUGCGCAUCAUCCUCCGUUGCAAAGAAAGUAUUCACCCGCGGAUAAUUGUCAACACCCAACGGAUACUUCGUCCCUGCCCCCGGUAACGUCGACCUGUCACACCAGUAGGAGUAACAAUAACAGUAGCAAUAACAACGCCGGUAGCAACAAUGCCGGUUGCAAUAGCAACGGUAGCAAUAACGGUACCGCUACGGUUCCCACUAUAGUCUGUACACAUAAUUCUAGCAUCUCCACUACCGCGACCACCACCACCAUCACCACCGCCAACACCAACGUCAACACCAACACCAACAUGAACGCGAACACCAAUAACCAUAUCAACAGCAACACCAACACCAAUACGAACGCCAACACGAACACCAACACCAACACCAAUGUCGGUAUCAACGCGAACACUAACAACAACAACACG